GCAUACACUGGUAUCCUAGCAACCGCAGACGCUAAACUGUCCUGCAAAACUUGGAUGUUAACCUUGCGAGCAAUUAAAGCGUGAAUUGUAAUGGAUGUUUCAGCGGAAGCGAAGUCAAGACCUCUUUGCACUUUGUCUGUAUUCAGCUUUAUACCAGCAAGACGAACAGAACCUAAAGAAAUGCGAUAUUUCAACACCAUCUCUAAGACUUCAGACAUAUCUACGGAUGACCACGAGUGUCCAAACACAGAAGGCUACGAUAACAAACUCCACCGAGAUGACCGAAAACAUGCUAAAGGCCGCAACCUGGACAUCUUUAGCGAGGAAUCAAGCAGACCAGUGCCUGUUCUGUCUUCAUCUGUGUAUGGACGAUUUUCAUCACCACAUCAUGACCCAGGGAAGAGAUCUCCUCGUGUCAGUCACAUUCGCUCUGACUUUUACAGCAAAAAUGGAAUCACAAUGGAGGGAGGCUAUGGGUCUGUGAAACUAUGAGCCAAUAAGCAAUAAAAAUAUACAUACACAGUACAAAUAGAA